AUGGCUGAAAUGGAACCUGGGCGACGAGACGCGCUUCUGGCGUUUAGACAAAAAAUGAGAGAGCAUGAGCAGCUUUCAAAUAAUUUACGGAACCAACGACUGGCUCUCAAGGGUUUGGAGAAGGAUUAUACAAAAACGGAAGAAGACUUGAAAGCGGUCCAAUCCGUUGGGCAGAUUGUUGCCGAGAUCCUCAAACAACUUGACGAUGAACGAUUCAUCGUAAAGGCAUCUUCGGGACCCCGCUACGUAGUGUCGUAUCGUCCGGCGCUACCUUUAGCAAAGCUCAAAGCGGGAACGCGUGUAUCGCUUGACAUGACGACUCUGACCAUUAUGCGGAUCCUGCCCCGCGAAGUCGACCCUCUUGUAUACAAUAUGACGCUCGAGGAUCCUGGAGGAGCAACUUUUGCUGGUAUCGGUGGGCUGGGCGAGCAAGUGAGAGAGCUGCGAGAGGUCAUAGAGCUGCCUUUGAUGAAUCCAGAGCUCUUUCUUCGAGUGGGAAUCGCACCACCAAAGGGUGUCUUGCUCUAUGGACCUCCUGGGACAGGAAAGACGUUGCUCGCUCGCGCUGUCGCCUCGACACUGCAGACCAACUUCCUCAAAGUUGUUUCCUCGGCAAUAGUGGACAAAUAUAUCGGCGAGUCGGCACGUCUGAUCAGGGAGAUGUUCGGGUACGCACGGGAGCACGAGCCUUGCAUCAUCUUUAUGGACGAGAUUGAUGCUAUCGGCGGAAGGAGGUUCAGCGAAGGCACGAGCGCAGACAGAGAGAUUCAGCGUACAUUGAUGGAGCUUUUGAAUCAGAUGGAUGGCUUCGAUUCUUUGGGGCGUGUCAAGUUGAUCAUGGCCACAAAUCGGCCGGAUACACUGGAUCCUGCAUUACUGCGACCGGGUAGACUGGACAGGAAGAUUGAGAUUCCGCUUCCAAACGAGCAAGGGCGAUUGGAAAUUCUCAAGAUUCAUGCUCGCUCUGUCAACAAAUCGGGUGAUAUUGAUUACGAGGCCAUUGUCAAGCUCUCAGAUGGUUUCAACGGGGCGGAUUUACGAAACGUCGUGACAGAGGCGGGCAUGUUUGCUAUUCGAGCCGAACGCGAUGCGGUCAUCCAGGAAGAUUUUACAAAGGCCGCAAGAAAAGUCGCAGAGGCCAAGAAGCACGAGACCAAGAUGGAUUACUCUGCGCAAUGA